ACUGCGGUGCGUGUGGAUGUGUGUGUGAGCGCGCGCGCGCCUCUGUGUGCGUGGAGCGCGCGCGGUGCAGGACCGAGCAGCGCAGAGCGCAGAACAGCGGGAGCGCGGCGCGGGUUUGCGGCAGAGCGGCGGGGCGAAGCGUGUCCUGGCGGGGGGGGACUCGACCGGCGCGUGAUCGAGCUCAGAACACACCUUCCCACACACAGCCCGCGCUCUUCUUCUUCUUCUUCUUGUGCCAGCGCGGGAUUUCCUUGUUUUAUCAUUAUUUUUGAUAUUUUGAACACGAUUCCGGCGCCGGCCAGCCCUCGUUUUUCUCCCAGCUUUUCCUCUUGAUCUUUGAACAAAUGGCCAGUCCUGGUUUAGAAACUGAAGGGAAUCCUUCUCCUCCUCCUCCUCUUCAUCAUCAUCAUCAUCAUCAGCAGCAGCAGCAUCAUCAUCAUCAGCAGCAGCAGCAGCAGCAUCAGCAUCAGCACGCCGAAUCGUCCCCGGAGCCCGCUUUUCAGGAGGCGCAGAAAUGGAUCGAGGCGGUGACGGGCCGACGCUUCGGGGACAAGGACUUCCGCGGUGGCCUGGAGAAUGGGAUCCUGCUGUGCGAACUGCUGAGUUCCAUCAAGCCGGGACUGGUGAAGAAGAUCAACAGGCUUCCCACACCCAUAGCCGGCCUGGACAACCUGACCCUCUUUCUCAGGGGCUGUGAAGAACUGGGGCUAAAGGGGUCACAGCUCUUUGACCCCGGAGAUCUGCAGGACACCUCCAUACGCGCCAACCCCAAGGUCUCUGAGUGCAGUAGAAAGCUGAAGAAUGUCCUGAUCACCAUAUACUGGCUGGGGAAGGCGGCCAACAGCUGCGCCACCUACAACGGGCCCACCCUGGACCUGAAGGAGUUUGAGGGGUUGCUGUCGCAGAUGAGGAAGGAGGCCGAGGAUUCGGAGAGCCCCAAGCGGAGCGUGAGGGACAGCGGCUACAUCGACUGCUGGGACUCUGAACGCAGCGACUCGCUCUCACCUCCACGCCACGGCCGCGACGACUCCUUCGACAGUCUGGACUCCUUUGGCUCCCGCUCGCAGCAGACCCCCUCCCCCGACGUGGUGAUCCGCGGCAGCAGCGAUGGUCGUGGCAGCGACUCUGAGUCCGACGCCCCCCACAGGAAACUGCCGGAUGUGCGCAAGGACGACAUGCUGGCACGCCGUACGUCCUACAAUGAGCCACGCAGCGUGAUGCCCUUCAACCAGUACUUGCCCAACAAGAGCAACCAGAGCGCCUAUGUGCCGACCCCUCUGCGCAAGAAGAGGGCGGAGCGUGAGGAUGGCCGCAAGAGCUGGAGCACCGCCACUUCACCAAUAGGAGGGGAGCGCCCCUUGAGCGAGGCCCCCCCGGCACCUGUGUGCCAGGCCUGCCUAGAAAAGGGCUCCCAGCCCCCUGCCAUCCUGGCAGAGACGGCGGCACGGGACGACCUUGCCAGCCGGCGUGCCCGCGCCAACCAGCGCCCGCCUGGGAGCAGGCAGCAGCGUUUCGUGCACUUUGGGCCUGUCACCGAGAUCGACCAGCGGUGCUGGGAGAAGUUGAGCAUAGCUCGUCUGGGGGAGGAGGACGAGGGGGAGGGGCUAAGGGCCGGGGAGGACAACGAGGCCGCCACUCUCCGCCGUCUUCUGUCUGCCGCCCCCGUGGCCACGCCCACCAUCGGCCUGGGCUCCCAGCUCACCGGGCGGGCUGCCAGUGCCCUGAGUGGUGGAGAGGAAGUGCCACCUCUGACCCCAGCAGAGCUGGCACAGAGGGAGAACAAGGUGCUGGAUGAGAAGUUGGCCCAGUACAGUGAGCAAGAAGAAGAGGAGGACACGGACAGGGAGGGGAAGGUCCCUGACCUUGAAAAGGAUGACAUGCUGGCCCGCAGAACCGGGGCAUUCCAGAAACAGGCGGGUGGCACCACAUUCAACAAGUUCCUCCCUCUGCCCGGGUCCAAACUACAUGCCAGAAAGGACAUUGUCCCUGUGAGCCCCAAAGCAAAAAGAGAGGCUGCAGGAGGUUCUGAUGUUAAGAAGGAGCCUCCCUGCAGGGAGCUGAUGCCCAACAGCCCCAAAGCGGGGAAGGAGCCAAGUGUUGCCAGAGCAGAGCUCUGCUCUCAGGAGUUUCAACCAAAAGCCAAUGCAGCUGCCCAGCCGAACUAUGACACAGCAGUGGUUGUCUGUGUGAAUGUCCAGUCCGAAAAUGAGGAUGAGGAGAAUGAAGAAGAGGAGCUGUUACCAGAUCUGGAGAAAGAUGACAUGCAUGCACGUAGGACUGGCAUGUUUCAGAAGGGGGUUGGACCAGCCUUUAACAGUUUUCUUCCAAUGCCUGGAUCUCUUAAAUACAAAGCCACACCUGUUGCUGGCCAUGUGUCUACUUUCAGCAGGCCAAUGGAAGAAGGGAAGGUGUCAACCCUCGAAAGCAGUAGAGCAGGCACGUCCCAUUCGAUGGAGUUAUGCCGAGAACCUAACACCGCUGCGAUGGUGACAAGCCCUGUGACCUGGACCCCCAAGGGCAGCCCCGGAAUGUCCAGAAAGCUCCCUCAGGUGGCCAACAGGGAGGAGGUGGACAGAGGCAGGAGAUCGGCGUCCCCCUCGCUCGACCUGAAGAAAGAUGACACAUGGGCCUGCCGCACCCUGGCUUCGCCCAAACCCAGCACCCCCAGCCCCACGCACUUCCAGCCCAUGCCGGCAGCCAACGAGGCUGGGGCAGUGUGGACCGGGGCAGAGGGGGACAAAGCGCAAAGAAGGCCCUCCUGGUUAGAUGAAGAUCUACCCCCAAUAUUCAGCCACAGAGCUACUAAUGUGUCAGAUGACCCAGAGAGCGUGAGCAUGAUCGACAUGCGGUGCGAGGAGGAGGCCAUGCUGCAGCCGCACAGCCAGACACGCCAUGAGCUUAUGCAUAACCAGUACAACAAGAUGCGGGAGGAGGAGGAUCACUGGCAGGACGACUUGGCCCGCUGGAAAAGCCGCAGGAGGAGUGCUUCCCAGGACCUGAUCAAGAAGGAGGAGGAGAGGAAGAUGAUGGAGAAGCUGAUGAGUGGAGACGGGAACCAAUCGCACAGGAGAAGGAGCAUCAAGACUUACAAGGAGAUUGUGGAGGAGAAGGAAAAGCGCGAGCAGGAGCUGCACGAGGCAUAUCGAAAGGCACGUACCCCGGAGGAGGCGGCUGCUAUACUGCAGCGCUAUGCCUUGCGCUUCACCAUCAGCGAGGCCGUGCUGGAACGGCUGCAGAUACCCAAGCAGCCGGAACGCGUCCCGCUCUCCGAGCCCUCCGCUUCCUCCGCCCCCUCGCAGCUCCCCUCCACCGCUCCUCCAUCUGCGGGCCAGGACGCUGGUACCAUGAAGUACCUGCGGCAGCAGUCUGUGCCCGUGCCCAAGUUUACCUCCACGGUGGAGACCAUGGUGGGCGGAGUCCCAGAAAUCCAGGCCCAGACACAGGCUGAUACCCCAGAUCCUGCUCCCACCCGCACCGCACUGCCGAAGACAGUGCCACUUCUGACUCCCAAACCCUACACCCAGCCCAGGAGUUCUCAAACAGGGCUUAAAUCAGUGAAGGCUGAUGGAAUGGUGCGUGUAAACGGAGAGGCGGGGGAAACGUCGGGAGUAACGAGGGACAUCAUGGACCAGAAAAGGACUGAGGGAGCAUCCCCGGUAAAGUCCACGGUUUUCCUGACACCUUCCCUAGUUGAGACUCCGGACAGCCCCAGAAAAGAGCCACAGGAGCUGAAGGGAAAUAAUGAGCUCAUUGGGGCCCAAGAGGGCCCCACAAACAAAACCCCAGAGGCGGGGCACCAGGAAAGCAGCAGCGCAGUGAUCCCCCCAGUGUCCGCAGCACUGGACCCUGCUCCUGUCCGACCCACCUACCUGCCUACGAGUGGGCUCUGCACAGAGACCACAGUUCAUGCUGCAGCUCCUGAGGAGGGAGAAGAGGAGGACGAGAGAGCUGCUCAACAGUCACCAGUAACAGAAGACAAGCAAGAAAAGGAAGCAGAGGAUGAAGCCCCGACCCCAUUGACAGAUGUGGCCCAGAGCCUGGAGACCUCUGACAUGUCCAUCAACACACAGCUUAGUAGCUCAUCAGACACUGUCCAGAUGGGAGAAGACGGAGAGCUGUCCAUCCUAUUUGCUCCAAGGGGAGCCAAAGCGAUGCCACCCAGCACCCAGGUGGCCUGCCAAUCACCUGGGACAGAGUUGGCUUACAGUGCCGAUAACGCUAGGUUACGCUGGGAGUUCUUCACCCUGCCAGAUUCUCCAGAGAAGGAUCCUGUGAGUAUCCCCUCCCCAAUGUUGGGUCUGGUCAAGCGGGUCGACCACUGGUCUUGGGACCCAGAGGAGGAGCGCAAGCGUCAGGAACGAUGGCAGCAGGAGCAGGAGCGCAUGCUUCAGGAGAAGUACCAGCGUGAGCAGGAGAAGCUGAAGCAGGAGUGGGAGAAAGCGCAGAGGGAGGUGGAGGAGGAGGAGAGGAGGUACCAUGAAGAGGAGAGGAGAAUCCUGGAGGAAACCGUGGCCCCACUGACCCCCCGUUCAUCCGCUUUGCCCUCCCCCAUCCGCGUUGACCCGCCCAUGCCCUCCAACCCACAGGAUGCCAUCGUCAGGUCGCUGGCUGACUGGGAGCGCAAGCAGGAGCUGCUGGAGGAGCAGAGAAGGGCGGAGGACAGCGGGCACGACACGAGAGCUGAACACCUGGCCAUGGGGAGCACAGAGUGUUUGCGCCCCGCAGAAAGCUCAACCCCACAAAGCUUGAGCCAGACAGAAGCAGUUGCAGAGACUCUGCAGAAUGGCCAAAGAGCCCCAGUGGACCAGGGCCAGACCACCGUGCCUCAGCUUCAGUUCAUCCAAGAGGCAUCAUGGAGCAGCAAGCCGCCCCAGAACAAGCAGCCCCAGCAGGAGGAGGUGUGGAAUAAGACAGCCUCGCUGGACCGAAACUUGAGUACCCAGCAGGCACAGUCUGGGAGAAUGAAACGGUCUGGAUCGUGUGAAAAUGUAGGGACAAACCCAUCUCAGUCAUCCACAUUUUCAUCUGCCAUCCAGUCCCAGUCUCCCAACAGGUCAGUGAGUGGAAAGAAGCUGUGCUCCAGCUGUGCCCACCCCUUAGGCAAGGGAGCCGCCAUGAUCAUCGAAACUCUUGGCCUCUAUUUCCACAUUCAGUGCUUCAAGUGUGGCAUCUGUAAGGGACAGCUGGGGGACACCAGCACCGGCACGGACGUGAGGAUCCGAAACGGACUCCUCAACUGUCACGAGUGCUACAUGAAAUCGCGCGCUGCUGGUCAGCCCACCACUUUGUGACGAGGCGGAGAUAAAGGAGGAUCUGCGUCGGAGCAUGUUUGUUGACACCUGUAUGUAUGGACAAUCGCCAGCAGGUCACCAUCUGAAAUGCCUUCCCAACGUGUGGAGACCGCGACCAUUUUUCCUCCAGCUCAAACUAGAGAAAGCAUUAGGAUGGCCCCCCCAGUGGUUCAGGAUGAAAAAAAGAACCCCACCCCCCAGUUUCUUCAGCAGGAUUUAACAACCAUGUCGAAUUUCUUUGUGCUUGGUAUGAGAUGUUUGUUGUUUUUAGAAAAUACAGUGUAAAGAGACCCUUAUAAAAAAAUGCAUAAUUUCAAUCAAAUUUCACAGUGCUUGCAACUAAAGAAUCCCUUAUACCUAUGUUGGUGUUUCCACACCAACAAAGAAGUUCUGUAAAAAUAGUCGAAUGGUGUUUAAACACUGUUUGAUGCUUGCAGUUUCAUUGAGUGGUUGGUUGUAGCGUGACUGAAAUUGUAAUUGACAUCUUUAUCAUGAGAGAAUAUUUCACCGUAGGUCCUAUAUAGUAUAUAUAGGUACAUAUAUAUGUGUGUGUGUGUGUGUACCUGUGUAUAUAUAUAGUAUGCACAUCAGUAUCUCUGUGUGAUACUAUUCUGCUUCCUCUUGUGACAGGAGUGCUCUUGUCGUAGGUUCAGUGUGUUGAACAUGGGAACUGCUUGCAAAGACCGGAGCUCCUGUCACUUAAGCUCUGUAGAUAAUGCGCUCAAUUCUCUGCUUAUGAUAGGCGGACAAACUGCGCUGCCCUCGGUUGUUUGUGCUGAAACGAAAAGGGCCGUUUAACACUCGCAUCACUAUAAUGAAACAUGCAUCCUGAUGUUGGGUAGCUGAAUAUGUGUAAUGCCUUAAUCAUACAGUCAUAACGAAUCCAAUCUUAUGAUCUUAUUUUCAUUUUUACCUGAUAUUUUUUUUUAGCAUGUUUCACCUACAUUUAACUUUAAGGAGGUAGACAGCUCCGCUUGAUUUCUUAAAUUGCGGUGGGUUUGUUGACUCUUUUUCAGUACCAGAAUUCCUCUAGAACGUUUUUCCUGGUUAUAUUUCCUUUUUGAAUCCCAUUCAGUAUUUAACCUGCCUUACAAUAUAUGAUGAAGGCAGCUCAUCUGAGGUUCCUCUAAUUUUUGUGAGCACACAGAUUUAUACGUCCAUAAUUGUUUUAUUUGUCAUUUAGUGAAUAAACCAUCUUAUUUCUUUACUUUUUGCUUGUUUUAAUUAUGGUGAGAAUGAAUGAACCCACUAACGUAGCAGUAGUGUAUUGAAAUAUGUUGCAUGGUUUCUCUUACAGUAACAUUUCUCUGGUACUUUCAGGUAUUUUCCAUCACUCCUCCGUUUCAGAUGACUGCAGAUUUAUUUUACUCUCCAAGCUUAUUUUUAGCAAACAUUGCAUUGAACAUGUGCCUUAGGAAUGCAACUGAUUGCACACGUUGUGUAACCUGAUGUUGGGUCUGAAAAAAGAAAUCCAAAGAUGAUGUCUUUAAUUUGGGACUUAAUGGCAGAUCAGGUUUUCUCCAGGCAGACAAAAAGACAAGGGAAAGUGAUCUGCACUUUAUAGUCUGCUGAUGAUCUGGCCCAGUUUUGCUCAUGCAAGACAAAUACAGCUCUGUCUUUUAGCUGAUCCCUAUUUAGACACCUGAGUGAGCAUCUCAUAAGGUUCCCAGUCAGGAAUAAAAUGCAACACAUCUAAUCUAAACUGAUCAUAUUGAUAUUCGUAUUAGGCCUAUACAGUAGCCUAUGAACUGCACAAAGAAACCAAUUUCAUGUACAACGAUUAGAUAUAUUUUAGGGUAAUCCUUGCCUGAGAUGGUCAAUCGUAUAAAGUUUCUCUUCUUUUCGGGAAAACACCAGGUAGUCCUGUUUUGUGCAUAUGUGCGUGAAUGUUUUUAAAGAUCCUGAAGCACAGUCUCUCCUCUACGACAUGUUAAAAUUCAUUUAGACUAGUUACUAGUUAACCAUUGCUCUGCCCUGCUCUAGCUGCCAACUUUUCCUUACAGGUUUUCUGAACCAAGUUAAGGUUUUGUUUCCCACAACUUCUAGACCACUUGAUGUCCAGGAUGGAUUUUUUUUUUUUUUUCUUUUUUUUUUUACACAGCUUUGCUAUUGAAAAGUUUUAUUUGUUCCUGUUCUGCAGUAUUGAUUCGGUUCUGUUUAUGUAUUAUGUUUACUUAAAUAUAAAUAAAGAUAUGAAAGAAAAGGGGGGAGGGGAAGAAAUAAGGCAAUAAUUUCUGUGUGUGAAAUGUUUGGAAGGAACAGUUAUAUGGUAAAAAAUGAGAAUGAUACUUGUGUUUUAAGUUCUGUAUUUAUUGUGAUAUUGCUCUGAAAAUAAACAAUCAGAAUUUAAUAGAUGAGAUGUUCAAAUGCAAUGGCUUUUAUAGCAAAUGUAUGUUUAUAAAUAAAGUUGAAA